AUGUCGAAUCUAUUCUACUUGAAUGUGGCUACGGAUCUAACUGUGCUGGUGACUGUUGACGCACUCGGCCUGGAGCUACUGCACAUGGAGCUCGUGAAGGAGGCAAGGCCAUCACAGGCGCAGAGCCUGGAUGAGGUGACUCUGACGGAUGCGGGGCUCGAGCUAAGGCGGGCGAUUGGCCGCUUAGGACCCAGCACAGGCCACAGCAAAGAUGUCAAAGAGGUGGUACAUAAACGGCUUGAACGGCUCCUAGCCAACUGGCUCCGCACACGGCCGCAUGCAGUAAUUCUUCGACAAACUCACGCGCAGCCAGCCCUCCGGCUGUUCGUGGACAGGGUCGGCAGCAAUGUGGCUGAAGUUUCUUGGGAGCUGCUCGGAGGGCGGCUGAGCGUAGCAUUCUUUGAGGUAACUUUGCUUGGAUAUCAGCGCGCACGCAGACGUGAAGGAGAUCCUCAGCUGCAGAAGCUUGGUACUUUUGCUGUUUCUGGUGGGGGAAGUGUAAGGACCUACUGCUUUAAUCGGCUGGAGCCUCUACGGUGGCAUCGGGCAAGAGUUCGAGCAGUCGGGCCUCACAAAAGCUGGGUCUCGGAGUGGAGCAACGAAGUCUCCUUCCGCACCUUGAGUCUUCUUGAUGCAAAGGAUGCAGGUCUGCAUGUUGUGUCCGACGGCUUCUUGGUCAAGUCGGAACGCUUGCUUCAAAAAUGUGUGACUGACCAAGAUGUCCCACUCCCGACUAGAGAGGAGCUACAAGUGAGGCAAGUGCGACAGCUGUUGGGAGCAUCUACUCUCCAAUCAUGUGAAGCUGCCACAACAAAGCUGCUGAACGCACGCUACAGCAAGGGCGGCUGGCCUGACUUCGUCCGACAGGGGGCGCGCUUCUCCCGCCCAGCUGCUUCGCGCGAGGAGCGCAUGAAGCGAAUGCAGCUCGCCAUCGCUGCCGAAGAGCUGUUUGGCCCGGUCUAUCCACGCAACAAUGAGUGGUGCCAGGGGCCUUUCUACUAUGAGCCAACCGGCUUGAAGAUCUUGCGUCAGAUGUCCUCUUCGUAG